AUGCCUGGUACCGUGGAUGAGCCAUCACUCGAGGCUCACGAGCCAUCGCCUCUGGAGGAGCGAGGAAGCGUUCAGAAGUUUCUGGUAAUCAACCAGGAGGUGUCGGUCGAGGUUGAUUUUCAACAGCGCAGCAUUUCGGGCGAGACAAGGCUCAGAAUCUUCUGCCUCGACCGCGACGACCAGCCAGAAGAAGUCGCACUCGACGCCCGUCAGUUUGAGAUCGCUCUCGACAGGAUCACAGUCAACGGCAAGAAGCCGGCCUCUGUGACCUACCGCGACCCCUACGAAGCUCUCGACGUCCCCAAGGAGUAUGAUUUGACGCCAGCACAUCACACGGUUCUGAGAGAGCGCAUGCGAUCGCUCUUGCCACGACCCCGGAAAGAUCUUGCCUUGGAGAAUAGGGAAUCGGUGGGCUGUUCACCGGCGGACGGUGCCCUGCGAAUAUCGCUUCGAGAGGCUUCUUCUCUACAAUCUCAAGGCAGCAGUGGACCGCGGAUUCGAGUAUUGAACAAUGCAUUCAUCGACCGAGAGGGCGUAUACGAGAUCGUCAUACCGUUUCACGCCAGCCACAUUCGAGAUGGCCUUCAGUUUGUGGGCGUCGAAGACUACGACGCUCGCUACCCACAUGUCUACACCCGCCAUUCCUACGAGCCGGGAAUCGCCUCUUGCAUCUUUCCGUGCGUCGACGACCCCGGCAUGCGAUGCACCUGGAAGAUCCAUGUCAAAUGCCCGCGGACUCUUGCCGAUGCCUUGAGGCAGCCCCUCGCUUCGCAACCCACUUCGAAGAACUCAAGCCGCCCGCCCAAGCCGCGCUCGAGUCGCGAUGUCGCCAUGACAGAAGAAGACAAAUUACUGGACAUGACUGUUGUGUGCUCAGGAGUUCUCAUUGGGGAGAAGGUGGAUGAGGACGACGACACCAAGAAGAUCAUGUCCUUUGACAUUACCGAACACCCUGCUGCUCCCCAGCACGUCGGCUUCGCUGUCGGCCCUUUCGAGCACGUGGAUCUGUUCUCCGAGUUCCGCUCCGAAGAAGACGACGAGAAGCUCGGCGCCAGCGCUCUCAAGAUUCACGGAUACUGUCUUCCCGGGCGAGAAGACGAGGUGCGCAACUCUUGUGAAGCCUUGGCUGCGGCUGCGGACGAGUUCGCCAUGACCUAUGGACGAUACCCUUACGACAGUUACAAAGUAUGUUUCGUCGAGGACAUGGUUGCGGACACAGUACCCCUGCUCUCGUUCUCGCUCUGCAGCACGAGGUUACUCUUCCCCGAAGGGAUCAUCGACACCGAGAUCGACGUGACGAGGACUCUGGUUCACUCUCUAGCCUGCCAAUAUUUCGGCGUUUAUAUCGUGCCAAACCAGCGCACGGAUAUCUGGCUCACCGUGGGCAUCUCGUACUAUAUGACCGACUUGUUCUUGGCUCGGCUCUGUGGAAAUAACGAUUACCGCUUCCGAAUCAAGACCAUGGCAGACCGGCUACUAAAAGAUGACAUCAAACGCCCAUCGCUUCAUGAUCUGGGCACUUUUCUAUACCUAGGAGACUCCCAGAUGGAGUUCAUGGCUCUCAAGGCUCCCCUGGUGCUCUUCAUCUUGGACAAGCGGAUGACCAAGGCUGCUGGCUCUGCCGGCGCUAGUCUCGCCCGUGCCAUAUCCAGAAUCAUCAGCAAAGCCAACACGUCCGUCUAUGGCGACAUCAAGAACGAAAUCAUAUCAUCUGAAUCCUUUCAGAAGCUCUGUGACAGAACAGCCUCGAGCCAGUCCUCGAAACUCGAGAACUUCUGGGCACAGUUUGUUCAGGGUGCUGGUCUGCCGUACCUCGAGAUCAAACAGAGAUUCAACAAGAAACGACUCUGCGUCGAGGUGACCAUCCAUGAGAAGCAGGACACGGAACGGAAAUCGCGGCCCCUCCAGAAAGAUACCUUCUUUCGUGAGCUCCUGGAAAAGCGGCAGCGUGUGCCCGUACAGAACAUCCCUUUGCUGUUCACUGGAUCCAUGACCAUCCGGAUUCACGAAGCAAACGGCACCCCCUAUGAACACAUUGUAGACAUCCGCGAGGACGCAGGACGCGGUGUCAAAUUCGACAUCCCCUACAACACAAAGUACAAACGCCUUAAGAGGAACAAGAAGAACAAGGAGCGCGCUACUGCCGCGGCCCUUGCCGAUCCAAGCGGCGAGAAUCAAGAAGACGCCAUCGUAUUCUCGCUUGGAGACAGGCUCGACACUCCAGAGGAGAUGUUGGCUUGGAAGCUCGCUGACUGGUCCGAGACUGACGAGAAAGCGAUGGAGAAUGAUUCCUACGAGUGGAUAAGAAUUGACUCGGAUUUCGAAUGGAUAUUUGACGGCAAGGCCAACUUUUCUCCUUGGAUGUACACUUCGCAGUUGCAGCAGGAUCGGGACGUCGCUGCGCAGCAGGACACUCUCGUCUAUCUGAGCCGAAUCCAGGCUCACCCUAUCGCUGCUACGGUCCUGACGAGGACUCUGUAUGACGAUCGAUACUUUCACGGCCUCCGAACUAUGGCUGCAGAUAUCCUAUCCAGGCAGUGCUGGAAGAACAGUGCCGACCCCGAUGUUGACUUUCGGGGUCUUGACCAGUUGAUUCGCGUGUUCCGGACGUUUUUCUGCUACCCCGAUAGCAACACCCCACGUCCCAACAACUUUGCGGACAAGCGGCAGUAUAUGGUCCAACUUGCGAUUCCCAAAGCCAUCUCAAAGGUCCAGUUUGAGGACAAGCACCCUCGCGAGGCACAGCGAUUCUUGUUGGAGCAACUGCAAUUCAACAACAACAAUAACAAUAUCUAUUCUGACCACUUCUACGUGGCUAGUCUUUUGGAGGCGCUGGCUACGAGUCUUACCUCUUCCCACUCGGCGCCUAAGAAGCAGGCCGAGAUGUCCUUCAGCUUCGACUCGGACGGAGAGGGCGAGCUCGAGAUAGAGGACGAUGAAACCAUGGUUGACACAGAGGGCAAGCAGCUUCUUGACCAGGCGCUGGAGGAGAUUGAGCGAUACCGCAGGAUGGACGAAUGGACGGCUUCAUACCACAACAUCUGGACCAUUGCCGCGCUGAGAUGCAAGAAAACGUUGAUGAAGGCCGGCGUCAUCCCCACCUCGCCACUUGACUUCAUGCAGUACCUGCAUGACGGCACCCUCGACCUGGUCCGCAUCACAGCAUUCGAGGCACUGAUAGAGCUUGGCCUCAUCCUGAAGCCAGCGGUGCUCGGGCUGCUACUCUCGGUCAUGACCACAUCUAGCUCGCCCUUCAUGCGAGACAGUCUGUUCAAGCUCUUCUGUCAAGGACUGGCCAGCAUUGCCUUCGGUGAAGCCGGCGAGCCGUCACAACCCGAGCGUCAGGCACCACCGGAGGAUGGCGCCCUGGUAGUCCAGCAAGCCGACUCGAUUAUCGAACACAAGAAGGCCGAUGUGGCGCGGAAGGCAGACAUCAUGGUAUCCGCCGCUGCUCUCAGAGAGCAGGUCAAGGAUAACAAGCAAUUCAGAGCGGCGAUGUGGAAGGCUGUGAACUCGCCCGUAAUCGGCUGCGUCGAGAAACGCAACCUUCUCGAGCUCUGCGAUGUGCUGUUCGAGGGCGAGAGCAACUUUGUCGUCACUGUCACGCAUCCUACCAUGUGGAAGGUUGAGUGUGUCGGAACGGCACCGCGUCUGAUACUGAACUUCAAGGCUGUGCCGCGGCCGCUUCGUGAGGCUCCUCCGCCCCCGCCGCCUGCGGCCCCGGCGGCAGCUUUGCCUCCUGCACCGGUCGUUGAGGCUCGCCCCUCCGUCAUGUCGCCUCCGCCGCCGUCUGAGCCCAAGAAGCCCGCAGGAAACAGGAUCAAGCUUCAAUCGAGCAGAUCCUCUCUCGGCGCGCUUCCGCAGGCUUCGCCAGCCCCAACUGCAGCUCGUACGGCGCUGCCCUCAUCGGCCUCUGCCCCGGCUAUCGACUCCAUAUCCGUGCAGCCCGCCCAGCGAGCGGCGCUGCCCACGUCUCGGCCGGCUCCUCCGCCCAGCGUUGGCCUGUCCGCUGCCGCACCGCCUUCCAGCGCGACGGCCGACAUCACGGCGCGCCCGCCCAAGGCGGCGACGUCGUCGUCGUCGAACAAGCGCAAGGCCGACGACGCGCACGCCGAGUCCAAACGCCCCAGGAAGCUCGUCAAGCUCCAGCUGCCCCCCGGCUACCAGAGGAACCUGCCCGAGAACACGCGACGCUGGAUCGAGUCGUCGUCGGUGUCGCCCUCGCCGCGGGCCUCGUCCGUGCACAGCAGCGACUCGAUCCGCGCUGCGGGCCCGGCGUCCCUGGCGGCCAGGUCGGGGCCUUCGUCCAUGUCGCCGUCUGCGUCGGGUGGCGCGAACGCCGCUCGCAGCCCCAGCGUGGGCGCCGGCGCCCCCAAGCCUGCCCGCAGGCCGUUGCCUACGGGAGCGCCGCCUACGGCUGGCCCGGCGAGUAACGGGUCGGUUGCGGCGGCAGCCCCCGCGGCACACCCGGCGCCUCCUCCGUCUGCUUCGCCGCCCGCCGAGACGCCGAAGCCCAAGACGCUACUCAAGAUCAAGUUCAAGCCCAAGGCACCUAAGCCGUAA